AUGAGCUUUCCAACGGCUCCCGACAGCAACAUCGAGACCGACAAGAGACGAUUGCACGGAAGGAUUUCUGAGAAACCGGCAUCAAACGUAGCCGAAUUUUUCGAUGCUGUCAAAAGUGGCAACAUUGAUUUGGUGAAAAGCAAACUUGAUGACACCAACAACCCUGUGAAUAUAAAUGCCAUGAAUUCUGAUGGCGAAACUGCGUUACAGAUUGCGGCCAAGAAUAGCAACUUUGAAAUCAUGAAAGAGCUUUUGGCUAAAAAGGCGAACUUAAAGAAUGCUUUAUUGCAAUGCAUUAUCGAAAACGACCUGGAAUGUGUUAAAAUAUUACUCGCAAAUAAACCAGGCGACAUUGAAAUUUCGAAAGAUAGUUAUAUUACACCAAUUAUUCUGGCCGCUCAAUUGGGCCAUUAUGAUAUAGUGGAUUUUUUUAUUCAGAAUAAUUGUGUGAUUGAAGAGCCGCAUGGUUGUGAAUGCGCUUGCGAAAAAGAGUGCGAGGAGAAAUCACAUAUGUUUCGAUCACAAAUCGCAAUAAAUCGCUUCAGGGGUCUUUCAAACCCUGUUUAUAUGUGUUUAAGGUAAGUCUUAUUUCUUCAAACAAAGGAAAUCACUACCGUCUCGAAAGAUAUAUAUAUAUAUAUAUGUAUAUAUAGUUUUCUGUUUUACCUCAAAAACCACAACAGUCUAUUUCAUCCGUAUAGGAAUCAUCAGGUGGACCACCUGCAUGAUGAUUCCAAUACGGAUGAAACAGACUGUUGUGGUUUUUUUAUGCAGGUAAACUAUAUUACGCUCUAUCUAAUUCAGUUUCUUCGAACGUAUAUGUAUAGUGAAGAGUGCUCAAUAUUACAAAAUAGAGCGAUUUAUUAAUACUUAAAAUGUUUUUGUUGCUACUCCGAGUUUCAUGCCGUAAAGGCCUUUAAUAAGUAUUAAAGUUGGAAUCCAACUUUCUGAUAAAGGCUCGAUGUACCGAGUCGAAAGCUCAAAAUAUUUAAAUUACAAUCAAGAGAACAAAAUAAUUUGUAGAAUUAUUCAAUUAAUAAAAUGCCUGGAUUACAAAUCUUCAACUUUAUUUAUAUAUAUAUAUAUAUAUAUAUAUAUAUAUAUAUAUAUAUAUAUAUAUAUAUAUAUAUAUAUAUAUAUAUAUAUAUAUAUAUAUAUAUAUAAUCCCGAAUUUAACUGUAUCAAAUCAGUAAUAUAUAUUUUGUUGUAUCUUGAAAAUACACUUUCUUAUAUAAAGCAUACAAACACAUACAUCGAUAACGAACCACAAACUCAAAGUUGUAAACAAUUUGAAUUUCGUCACCGUGCAACAUAAAACAUGUCAACUGCAUGUAGCUAAUUUCGGCUUGGUCGCGUAAUUGUGAAAACUGGUGUAAUAUGAAAUAGUCAUUCGUAUAACGUGAACUGUAUUUCAAGACCACUGCGUCAACUUAAAAAUGACUGCUUUGUACUUAAUCUUAAAGGUACUUAAAGACAGAGGGAAGCAAUGACGAUCCGUUGACUCGAGCUUUUGACUUGAACACGAAAGUACGAGAGCGAGCCUCGCACGAGCCAGAAUUAAAGAAAGAAUAUCUUAAAAUUUCCGAAAGAUGCAAGAGAUUUGCGACAGAUUUAUACAAUGGCUGUCAAAGCAUGAACGAAAUUGCCAGUCUUCUGGACAUUGACGAAGAUAAGCUUAUUCACGACUGUCGUGACAAGAGAUUGAAUGGAGGAAAUCGAGAUUGCGUGGUAAAGAAAUUGAGGACAGCGGUCAAAAGCGGCCAUAUAGAGGUAGGUGUACGUGCAGUUGAUUGAAUUGUAGCGAAUCCAACGGAAACAAUUUGACAAUCUUUGGGAAACAUGGCUAGGAAACAAUGUUUCCUGGUUUGCCCACCUUUGGGAAACAUGGCUAGAAGCGAUGUUUCCUGCUUUGUCCACCUUUGGGAAUGAUAGUUAAGAAACAUUAUUAUAUAUCAAUAGUCAAAGUCGCAUUUUUCUAGUGUUUUAUUGGUUGGGAGCAUAUCACGUGAGAGCGACAACCUCGCAACAGCGCGAGAGGGAAACAAACCGUUAUCGACCGGCGAAUAAAAAAAUCACGUGCGCCAUCACGUGAAGAUGCGACCUUUGGACAUGCCUAGUAUACGUAAUUAAAACUUUCGCUAUAUAAUGUAACUGCAGUGUAGCCAGUGUUUAAUAUAGCGUUUUAACAAUAAAAUAUUUCAUGUAUUUACGUUCACUUGUUCUUUAAUUUGUUGUUUCUUUGACUAUUGAUAUAUAAUAAAACACUUAUUUACUGAGACCUCGGGAAAGCAGUGUGUUGUGUGGACCCUCGAUGUUUAGCUCGGCCUCGGCUUCGCCUCGAGAAACAUUGACGGUCUCGGGUCCACAAAACACACUGUUUUACUCGGUCUCAGUAAAUAAGUGAUAAAUGUUUCCUGGUUUGCCCACCUUUGGGAAACACGACUAGGAAACAAUGUUUCCUGAUCUGUCCACCUUUGGGAAACAUGGCUAGGAAACAAUGGUUUGCUCACCUUUGGGAAACAUAACUAGGAAACAAUGUUUCCUGGUUUGCCAAUCUGGCAACGUCCAUUAAUUCUAUAAUUUUUUGUAUUAAUACGUUUGAUAUUUUUCAAGUUAUCAUGCUGACAGACAAACACACACACAAACUCGGAUGAAAACAUACCCCCCCCCCCCUGGCGGAAGUACAAAUGCAUCUGCACCAAUAUUCCUUACUUGUCUCAAGGCUAAACUAUUUUUUUCUUCUUCUUUAGUUUGUAGCACAUCCACUCAACCAACAACUCCUAAACACCGCAGUCUACUCUGGCGUGCCCAGAAAGAUCUACGGAAUGCCCUUCAAAUACAAAGUUCCCCUAUUUCUCCUUUACACCGUCAUAUUCCCUCUCCUGGUGUUAUUUUAUAUCGUGACUCCAGACAAUACGGUAUCAAAAAUGAUGAAAACUCCUUAUUUCAAGUUCAUCAGUCAUAUUUCGCAGUUUAUUAUGUUCCAGUGCUUGAUCGCUGCCUCAGCGCUCAGAGAUACCCGUGGUGCGACAGUUAUAGGUAAAAUAUUGCCUGAAGAUGCCUGGGCAAACAGGCCUGGAAUCAGCUGCUCAAAUUCCUGUCCUCUAUUUUCUGUAAUCCUUGUUGUGUUUACCGUCAGAUUUGUUUUAUAUUAAACACUACUUUGACAAUUACCCUCUACUGAUGCACGAUUAAGAUGACCUACUCACAAAAUCUCGGAUCUCAGUAGAACGAUGAUAGUGUUUAUCUUGAUGGGUGGUCCAGCCGUUCGGUGCAUUUAUACCAGAUAAACCAUUUUUCAUUUCCCAAAUUCGUCCAAACGGAUAUUCCGUCCAGAUAGUUUAAAUCAGACCACUAAACUUUUUCACUUCAUUUUUCAGAAUAUCUGAUAUUCAUCACGGUAUUUGGCAUGAUGUUUCAAGAGGGUAUCAAAAUUUCUAAGGAUGGAUUUAAAUAUAUCUUCAAUUGGUGGAACGGUGUCACAGCAAUAAUGUUAACAUUGUUGGUUCUGGCUGGGCUGUCCUGGAUAGUAGGCGUUGCUAUUAUAGGAAGGUUGCCAGUGGUGAAUUAUUCUCUGCCUCAAUUUGCCGAGUCCAAAGUUGGCUAUCAAUUCUUGUUUGUGGGCAACAGUUGUUUCUCAAUGGCUAUCGUUGCCAGUGUCUUUUAUUUGUUCGAGUUAUGUCAGGUAAAGUCACAACGAUAUCAUCAUCGUCAUUGUAAUAAAGUCGAUAAAGCCUAUACGGCUUCACACCAACUAUAUAGGACAAUCAUGUUUCGCUCGCUAUUCUGGUUUAAAUAAAUGAUUACAAAGCCCAGUCGAAUUGUAAUCAAGACCCAGCGUUUCGACACUCCAGUCUAGUGCCUUCAUCAGGGGUGAUCUAAACUUGCAUUCGUGGCUUCUUAAAUACCCAAGGGAUGACGUCACCUGCCAAUGAGAUGCAUAUAUUCCUCUGGAUGCAUUCAUUGGCAGGUGACGUCAUCCCUUGGGUAUUUAAGAAGCCACGAUUGUAAUUUUAGAUCACCCCUGAUGAAGACACUAGACUGGAGUGUCGAAACGUUGGGUCUUGAUUACAAUUCGACUGAUGGGCUUUGUAAUCAUUUAUUUAAACCAGAGUAGCGAGCGAAACAUGAUUGAUAUACCUGGUUGCAGUGAACGAAAAAACUUUAAAUAUAUAGAACAAUUAUAACUACUAUAAAUAACCUUAAGAUAUAUACAAAUAUAGUUAAAUACUUAUCAAAAAUACAAUAAAUUUAAGAAACAAUCCUUAUAUUAUAAAAAGUUUAAUCGAAAUGUUUUAUUAAUUCACUCAGUUUGAAUUCGUCCACAGUGUCUAUUGUUGCAAUAUUUGCCUUUCAUUGCUGUCUUUUGCAGCUUUGACAAAAAACGAAUAUUUAAAUAUAUCCUUGGAACAUUUCUGGAUUUGCAGUUUAUAUACUGAUGACUAUUUCUUGGCUAGAAAAUAUUUUUUCCUAGUUUACCCAGCUAGAAACAUGGCUAGGGAACAUUGUUUGCGAAAGCAAAUAAAAUGCUUCUUCCAUCUCCAUAAAUCAAAUUUGAUUUAUUUCUUUAUCAAAUUUCACCUUCAGGAAACAUGUUUAGAAAACAAUGUUUCCUGGUUUGCCCGCCUUUGGGAAACAUGGCUAGAAAAUAUUAUUUGCGCAAACAAAUAAAACAAUGCUUCCUCCCACCUCUGUAUAUCAAACUUAAUUUGUUUCUUUAUCAAAUUUUAGGUCAAUCAUGUUAUUGGUCCAUUACAGCUAUCACUAUUUCGUAUGCUUCAAGAUGUUUUAAAAUUCCUUCUAUUUUUUGGCGCCAUUUUUCUGGCAUUUGUCAUCGCAAUACGUAAUCUCUACUCACACUAUCACAGCAUCCAGGAGGAGAUUGCCGAACACAACAACAAGAAUAACAGUAUGGUGGCAGAAACUAAUCACCGAUUUUCCAC